AUGGGGAAGAAACUGGAUGUUUGGCGUAUCGGGCUCGGAUGCAUCGCUUUUUUUGCAGAGCUGGAGCCAUCUCUAUCCGUCAUUGAGCAAAACCUGGCAGACCGAGUUAGGUACAUCCUGCGCUCCAACAUAUUUGGUGACGCCGAACUCGAGCGACUACGACGUGAGGCUAUUCCUUCAUCGAAUGGAAAUGCUACGGCUGGGAAUGCGGCGCCACUAGAUGCGCAACAAACUGCAUAUGUGGAUGCUGCCGUCAACAUUCCAUUUGUGGCUAAUUCAGACGAUGAUCGAAUAGUCUCCCACGAACUAGAGAAAAUGAGGAGCAUAUUGGAAGAGUCGAUGCUGGAAACGCGCAGCAUGCCUCUCGAAAAUCGACCGCGACUUCCCCGCAUACCCCUUAGCAAGCGAAAUCGGGCUGUCUUGCGGGCUCUUAACCCAAUGCUGGUGACCUAUUUGGAAGCCAGCCGGGACCUUUGCGAGACGGAUUCAAUUCUUUUUGGCGCCGCACUGGCAGUAUGCCGUAUUAUUGGCACCAAAUUUCCCGUGGCUGGACGUGCUACUCAAAAAAGUAGCGCCAUCCCAGCCUGGAGAAAAAGAAUUGAGGACCGUAUCGCAAAGGCAAGGGCCCUUAUCGGCAGACUGACAAGCUUCAGGUCGGGUAAUAAUAGACCGAGGAUUAUGCGCACCGUUAGGAUGGCGUUUGCUGGGACAAAUAUCAGUUUGUUCCAGCCGGAUAUCACGCAAAAACUAACGGAGCGCAUAGAUGACCUGAAGCAAAAAAUCGCUGCUUGGGGGGAAGCGGAUUCGACGAUUUAG